AUGAUGCCUCUUUGCAAGUCAACUCGUGUGCUCUGUAGCUGAUAGAGGCACCUCAAGCUGAAAUAUUAUAGCUGUAUUGUAUUGGAGAACGUGGUGUGACAGCCCCCGGGCUCAGCAAAUGGCCUGCUUCGUAUCGCCGCACUGACGGAGAGUGUCGCCACACUGGCGUUCAAGCUGACAGGGCGACACAAAAAUCAACUUUGUCUAUUUUUAAUGGACACGCUUCGAGCGGCGGCGGCGGCAGCAGCGGCAGCGGCGGCGGGCGGUUUGUUUUCCUUUCGUCUUUAUCUGUAGCUGCUCAAGCAGGCGAAGCAAGCAAGCCCGUGUGAGCCCCCCGUGUGUCCCUUGCUCGUCUGGCUAACCUCCUACUCGUCCACAAACAGUCAAAUUUAGAACAGCAUGGUCAUGGCUGACAGUGUCCAGAAACCGCUGAUCCGGGGUCCGGUCCGAGUGGGCUUCUACGACAUCGAGCGCACUUUAGGAAAGGGCAAUUUCGCGGUCGUGAAGCUGGCUCGACACCGCAUUACCAAGACCGAGGUUGCAAUUAAGAUCAUCGACAAGACCCAACUUGAUGCUGUCAACCUGGAGAAGAUCUACAGAGAAGUUCAGAUCAUGAAGAUGCUCGACCACCCCCACAUCAUCAAGCUCUACCAGGUGAUGGAGACGAAGAACAUGCUUUACUUAGUCACGGAGUAUGCCAAGAAUGGAGAGAUCUUCGACUACCUGGCAAAGCAUGGCCGUCUCAGUGAGCUGGAGGCCAGGAGGAAGUUCUGGCAGAUCCUGUCAGCGGUGGAGUAUUGUCACAACCGCAACAUCGUCCACAGGGACCUGAAGGCAGAGAAUCUGCUGCUGGAUGGCCAUAUGAACAUCAAGAUCGCAGAUUUUGGAUUUGGGAAUUUCUUCCAGCCUGGGGAGCCUCUGGCCACAUGGUGCGGCAGCCCGCCUUAUGCUGCUCCAGAGGUUUUUGAGGGACAGCAGUAUGAGGGCCCGCAGCUUGACAUCUGGAGUAUGGGGGUGGUGCUGUACGUACUGGUGUGUGGCGCAUUGCCCUUCGACGGGCCCACUCUGCCUGUUCUCAGACAGAGAGUCCUAGAGGGAAGGUUUCGCAUCCCCUACUUCAUGACGGAAGACUGUGAGCACCUGAUCCGCAGGAUGUUGGUCCUGGAUCCGUCAAAGCGUCUGUCUGUGGCCCAGAUCAAGGAGCACAAGUGGAUGGCUCUGGAUGUUCCAGUACAGAGGCCUGUCCUGUACCAACAGCUCCUGUCUGCUGAGGGCGAGGUGGGCGUGGGAGAGUACAGCGAACAGGUCCUUCGCCUGAUGCACAGCCUUGGCAUCGACCAGCACAAGACUAUAGAGUCUCUGCAGAACAAAAGCUACAACCACUUUGCUGCUAUCUACUACCUGCUGGUGGAACGGCUCAAGGCCCAUCGCUGCAGCUUCCCUGUCGAACAGAGGCUCGACGCCCGCCAGCGACGGCCCAGCACCAUCGCCGAACAGACUGUCGUCAAGUCGACCAGUGGUUCAGCCCAGGUGGGUUUACUCCCGCAGGGUGUUCGUCUGUUGCGCUCCCCAGCUGUGCCCCAAGCCUCCUCUGAUGCUUUCACCUUCCCCCAAACUGCAUGUCCUCUGGAGCAGAAUUUCAUGGUGGAGGACAUCAACACGCCCAAAGUGAAUGGCUGCCUGCUGGAUCCCCUACCUCCCCCCACUGUCCUCCGCAAGUCCUCCACCUCAUCGCCUAGCAACAUGAUGGAGACGUCGAUCGAUGAGGGCAUUGAGACUGAGGAGCCUGACACAGAGGAUGAUCCGCCCCACCUGCUCUCUGCCUAUCAGACGGCUCGGUUUGGCCAGAGGAGACACACCCUCUCUGAAGUCACCAACCAGCCAGGGCCUUCAAACCAAGGUAAAUUAUUCACUCUAGGCCACAACCCCUCCAUGGGUAGCGUGGACUCAGAUAUCGGCUAUGACAUGGGCUCCAUGCACAGCGACCUUGGUCUGCUGGAGGAUCCCCCCUCUCUCAGUGAAGUGGUAUCAGCGAACAGCUCUGCCCCCGGCAUCACUCCUACGCCUUUCUUGAGCGCUCGCCCCACCAACCCCGCAAUGGCUGCCCUGACUUCCCAGCACAGGGAGACACACAACCGCUCCCCAAUCAGCUUCAGAGAAGGACGCCGUGCCUCUGAUACCUCCCUCACCCAAGGUCUGGUUGCGUUUCGUCAGCACCUCCAGAACUUGGCGAGGACCAAAGGCAUCCUGGAGUUGAACAAAGUACAGAUGCUGGUGGAGCAGAUGGGCUCUGGGGAAGGGGCUGUCCUGGGCCCCCUGGGACCACAGCACCACUUGCACAACCUCCUGGAGGGUGAGGCGUCCAAGCAGCAGGGGGGCUUAGCUUUAUACCAAGGCGGGCCCCAGCCGCCUCUCCUGUCCCGAAGACAGAGUUUGGAGACACAAUACCUCACUCAUAGACUACAGAAGGCCAGCGUCUUGGCUAACAGUCCUGCUAGCUGUCAACUUUUCUGUAAGGAGACUCCUCGAAGUUUAGAGCAACAGCUGCAAGAACACAGAUUCAAAGUGUCACCUAUCCAAGGUGCCGAUCUAAGUGGGCUCAACUGCUCUCCCUACAGACUGAACCAGAAGAGGAUGUACCUGCAGCAGCAGUCACAGGGCAUGGGGCUGCAAGCCUACUUCAACCAGAUGCAGAUAGCUGAAGGAUCCUACCAGACAGGUAGCCCUGCUCUGGACCCGGCGGCACCUCAGACUUCCCCUCAGGGCCCCCCCAUGUCGGCCGCCCAUCAGCCUCAGCCCCAGCAGCAGAGCAGUCCUCAGGCCUCACCUCCCUUCAGCCACCCCCAUAGUUUGAGCCCUUUGAUGGAACCUGGCGAAGGCCUGGUUUAUGAUCCCUACAUGAGCCAUCACCACUAUACCCAGCACCUGCCACCUGGAUCUCACCUCCAUCACCAGCUCCACCAUCCCCAGCAUCAUGAAGCUUCUGCCAGUGGCCUGGGCUUCAGCUACGCUGCAGGCUGUGAGCAGCAAGUCCUGGGGCCUUCCCCUGAGGGUCUUCACCCAGAGCAGUAUGAGUUCCAGCUGGACCCCUGUUCACUGGUCCCAGCUGCUCCAGGAGAGGCUGAGGUUGGAGCUAUGGCUGGGGUUUUGGUUGGUCCAGGGCACUCAGAUGGUUUGAGCCUGCCUGAGCUGCAGAGUUCCCUCUUGGACAGUGAGAUGAUGGAGACCGUGGACUCACAGCAUGGCUUCGUACUGGUCAACUAAAGCCCGCUGAGAGGGUUAACAGAAAGCAGUAUUAAGCAAUGAGAACCUACACAGCGUUAAGAGCAGAGAGAAUGGAGAUAUAAGUGGAGGCCACAAGCGUAGCAACAGGGAAGGAAAAGUGUUAAUUUUUGUACGACUAAUACAAACUUCAUUUCUUAGUUGUGAUGAACCUCAGACAACAUUUCUACCAAAAUCCUCCCUUAGCCUACCUCCCUUUCUCCCUCUCCUCUGUUCUCGUUCUCAUCAGCUCUGUGAGGCAGGAACAGGUCCGAUAUGGGGCACAGUGUGAGCUUCGCCGUGUUGACUUGGCGAGGCUGCUGUUGUCACAGACGUUGUGCCACCUGUGAGGACUGCGCUGCGCAGCCCGGGGAUGGGGGGAUGCUGCACAUCCUGGAGGCUGCCAGAGUGCAGCAUUUCACCUAAAAAUGGUUUGAAAGAGAACUCAAAAAACUUAGGACUGACUGACUGGCAACCAAAAGCACAAAGGCUGGCAGUGCUUUUUGUAUUUAAAAUAGGACACCAUCUACAACACACAUCUCAAAACACUUUUGUGCAUUUUUUUUAUUUCAAUAGAUAAAAAAAAAAACAAGUGAACAAGAGAAAAUGGCCCUCAUUUAUCACGGUACCAUGGAAAUCACCACAAAUUCAAGUGUUAAAAGUGUCCAUUUUUAGAAAUUAUUUUACACACUAAUGUGAGUGCAAAGGCUAACAUGUUUGUGGUGCAUAGGUUUCAACACUAAUACUAACUUUAGAGUAUUCUUCCAAAAUACAACAGGUAACUUUGUUUGUCAUCUGCCUAAGUAAAUACUCUAAACAUGUGGAGUGAAGCACCAGGUUACUGAGCAACGCACCAUUUGUUCAGCUUUAGCUACAUUUGUGCUUUCAACAGUGAUAAACUCUCUCCGAGCUAUUUCAUUAGUUAACUGACUAAUAAAAAUAAUAGGUAUAGCUGCAGUCUUUUGAAUAGGCUAUGUGACAUAAAUAAUACAGUUUUUUUUGUUUGUUUUCUUUGUGGUUUUUGUAACAUGUAACUACUGAUCCUGAUUUAUUUCUUACACUACUGAACUGCUUUUCCACCUUUCCAUCCGAUUGCACACACUUGCCAGGUUUCAUUAUACUCAAUAUGAUGAGGAUAAUUACCCGUUUUUGCAGGCGAAAUGGCCACAUGUCUGUUUAACAGUUGAAUUGUGGGUCAUGCGUUUGCCUGAUAAAUGAGGGCUGAUGUAAUUAACGUGUGUUUGGUUGAGAAGUUGCGGUGUUAGACAGUCAAUAUUAUUCUAUUUUUGUGGCAAUACUGAAGCAAUAUUAAUCCUAAAUGUUGAGGGAUUAUGAAUGGAAGCCUCACCUGUACAGCCAGCUCUGAUUGGUUCCCGGGGACCUCUGAGUCGUCAGCAGUGACAUCACUUGAGCUGAUGAUGUAACCAGGAGAUAAUCUCUCACUCACUCACUCGCUAUGUGUGUGUGUGUGUGUGUGUGUGUGUGUGUGUGUGUGUGUGUGUGUGUGUGUGUGUGUGUGUGUGUGUGUGUGUGUGUGUGUACACAAUUCAGACUUCAAAUUUUUCUACAUCCAUCACAUCGUCAUUACUGAAAAAGACAAACACUGUAUUGACGCCUUGAUUUGAAAUAAAACAAACUGUGCUUUUCCCUCAGUGCACAGAUGUAGCUUUUAGAUAAAUUCUGGUUUACAUCAUUCAGUGCUCCAGUUAUGCCUCUGUGUUGGUUUAAUGACGAAUCGUGUUUAUAAUAAUGGAAUGACCUCUUCGAGAUUCCCUGCAUUAGAUGUAAUGAAAGAAUGUUUCCUCUCUGACAUUGGGGCUGCUGUGAGACAAAGACCAGCAGAACAUCAUCUGUCACCUGGAUUUUGACUAUUGGCUCUCCACCACUCUUUGACUGACAGCAAGCCAGCAACAGGACGAGAGAUUUUUUUUUUUUUUUCCUCAAACAGCACUUAAGACUGUGUUCAAUCUACUUGAAGUGCACAGAUGUAUUUUCUCUGACAGAUGAUGUUGAUUUAAAGAAAACAAGUUUUCAUUGGAAUAACAGGAUGGUGAGCGUCAGAGGGUCGAGAUGAGAUUAUUGGACUGUGACCAUCUGCCAGACUGCGUGACCUUCAGUGGUCAGUGGUUAAAGUGUAGUGUUUGUGGUUCACUCUCAGACAAGGCAGUCACUCUGUUUGUGGACAAGACUGAGAUAUCUUCACCAUCAGUAAAGUACAGAUGUGGUUUGACUAGGAGUCUUUAUAGCGGCAGUUAAUAGUCUUUAAUGGUGGCUAGAAAAUGUGGACCAACUGUAGUUGCAGUCCUGUGCAAGACUUAAAGGAAGAAUCCACCCUAAAAUGCUUUUAACACUGUUUCUCAAGAGAUGAAGGAUGCAACUAAUGAUGGAAUUAUCUGCUGGUUAUUUCCUUAUUAUAUUCCUUAUUUCCUUCCUCAACACAUUGUUUGGCCUGUAAAAUGACAAAGUUGUAAAAAAAAAUAUACUAAUUUCUCAUAUUAAGAUUGGUUGGUUUGUCCGAGCAACAGUCCAAACUCCAAACAUAUUUAGUUUAAGACAAAAAACUGGCAUAUUUCUGUCACUUUCCGGUACUUUUGUGUUAAAAAAAAAUGACAAACCAUAUGUCGAGUAUCUAAAUGAAUAACGUAUAUAACAUUGAGGCAUUUCUGGAAUUGAACACAUCUGUGAAACACCAAGUUUCCGUGUCAGUCCCUCUGGAUGUAAGAGCAAAAGCUCAGUAAGUGACCAUGUAGCUCUGACAUUUAUCAGUCACAGACACUAACAACAGCAACAAUGGCCUCUGUGGACCAGAGUGCACUGCAGCCACAAGACAUGUUGCAAAACAGGUCUUGUGGCUUCAUUAAUAGUUCCACCCUAAAAUUUACAAACUAGUUAGCUAGCAGUAUGUUUAUAUGCUCAUACACCCACAUUUAUUGACAAGAAUAAGAUUACACCCAGUUUCUGUGAGAUGUUGAAAAUGUCCUUUCGAAAACAGAAGGAUGUGUUCAACAUGAAACUAUAUUACAUCGUUAAUACAUGACAGUGUAUGAGUAUUAGGGGGUGGAUUUCGCUUUUAGGUGAAUAUUUUGAUGAUUGUUUUCUCUCAUUUUGUCAGUGGUCAGACUAGAACAGCUGCAGGAUGAUCUGUGGAAGUUUAAUACUGGAGCACUUUGACAACGAGGGGAAGAAGAGAUGUAGCAAGAGAGGAGGAGGUGAUUUUGGUGGAGUUGGAAAAGGGUUUGUAUUGCUCUGCCGUUUCCCGGCAGAUGAAACGCACCGCAAUCUAUAGGAAACACCUUUCUCCUCUCUCUUCCCCACCAAUAAUGGACACAAAACAAAUUUCUUUCAAAGAAAGACCAGACAUAGUAAGACUUUAUCUGAUUGUUGAUUUUGAUCCAAGAAAGAGUAACACUUUUCAGUUAACGAUGAGUGUUCUUUGUACAGAUUAGGGGUUUAGUGAAUCUUCAGUGCUCGCUCAAGUUGCACCGAGGUGAAUUUUGUGUUGAACGUGAAUAGUGUUCAGUGUGCCUUUUACUUUUCGUAUUUUCAAUCUAAACUAAGAUUUUGAAUAGCGCCAUUAUUUCGGGUUGGACCCUUUUAUAAUUAAUUUUAUUAUUUUGGAUUUUGUUUUUUCUUUUCUGUAUUUUUUUUUUUUUUCCCGAACGUUAAGUAGAGCCAGGUUUUACAAAGGUACAAAACCAAAGUCCCUCAGAAGUUUCCCUGUACGACCCACCGUGUGGAGUUUUGGAGCUUCUUUGUCAGCUUCUCUACUGUGCUUUUUCUUGUUGGUCAAUCAGUGUAUGCCAUUUAAAAGUAUUAUAGCAAUAUUUCUCUAGUUGAAGACUAAAGUCAUGAAGAUUCUAGUGGACGUGUUUCCAAGUAUCAUAAUUUCACCUCCUGCUGAUAAAACAAAAACAUCAAUCUAUCAAUAGAAAUCCAGUUUUAUAUUUACCUUCAUUGAUGUUGACCACACAUAAGCUAACUUGCUGUUGAGAUUAAAAAAGGUUUAUUGAACAGAA